CCAAAACAAAACAUUAACCUAAAUCAAUAAUUAUAACUACACCAAACGCAAUAACGGUACAUCGCUAUUAUGAUACGUGAGAAGAAGAAAGGGGGAACACCGUGAUUACACACUCACUCAAUAACCCCCCAAAAAUAACUGCAGACCCUCUUUAAUUGAUUCGACUCACAAAUUAGGGUUUUUCAACCUCCACACAAAUUUUGAAUUUCCAAACCCUAAUUCACUACCAACAAUUUUGAGGUUUAACUUUGGGGUUUGUGGAGUAGGAAAUCGAAAAUAGGAGAUUAGUAAUUAUCUGUAGUUUAGUAUUGAAUGGAACCGAUAGAUAUCAGCUCUACGGAUAGUGAAUCGAGUGAUUGGGAUCUCGAUGAGUAUAAAGCGUAUAAUGAUUCAACUAUUAAGGAUUCGGCUACCUCCGUGCCUAAUACUAGGGUUCUUCCGUCUUCAUUUGCAUCUUCAUCUGGGACGAGUAAUGCAGGUUCAAGUCAGCAGGCUAGUUCGGCUAAAAGGAAAGCUCCUAUGAAUGGACAUUCGUCUCGUUUUAAUCAAGAUUACGAUGACCAGCUUCAGAUUGUAUCAAGUUCUAGUAACAACUUUGGAAGUUCGAAUAAUUUCAGAAGAACGCUUCCUUCAUCCAUUCAGCAAAUUUCAUCUAGUUCUAGGCCAAGUCAUUCAGUAAAAGAUGUAGGCAGCAGUCGUAGCCGUGAAACUUACGGACAGACAUGGCAAAAUCCUAAGGCUUAUAAGGAAGACAAUUUCGGCAGGUCCAGUAAUGAUGUGAUGAAUGGUAACCACCAUGGAAGUAGGGUUCUACCACCAUCAAUGAAUCCUCCCAUGUCUGUGCCAACUUCACAAUAUGGUGGUGCCAUUGAGCUUUAUCGCCCUGCAGGGGUUAUUGAUGAACAAGAAGUUGGUGAUGAGAGGCUUAUAUAUCAAACAGCAUUACAGGAUCUUGGUCAAUCUAAAGCUGAAGCAGAUUUACCCAAAGGGGUCCUUUCGGUCUCUCUUCUAAGGCAUCAGAAAAUUGCAUUGGCAUGGAUGCUUCAAAAAGAACAUAGUGUGGCUUGUUCUGGUGGAAUUUUAGCUGAUGAUCAGGGACUUGGUAAGACCAUUUCAACUAUUGCACUGAUACAGAUGUCGAAAUCUUUAUCAAAACCGAAUCAUGAUUCGAAAGCUGAAGCUAUGAAUUUAGAUGAUGAGGAUGACGGAAAAGAGACAGUAGUUGUAGAUGAAGACAAAGAUGAAUCUAAAAUAAUAACCCCGCCUAGUAGCUCAGCACAUAAAGUUAGUAACCGUAAACCCACAGCAGGAUCCCUGGUUGUGUGCCCAGCAAGCGUGCUAAGACAAUGGGCCCGUGAGCUUGAUGAAAAAGUUACAGAUGAGGCUAAGCUUGAAGUUCUAGUCUAUCAUGGUGGCAAUAGAACCAAAGAUCCUGCUGAGCUGGCAAGUUAUGAUGUAGUCCUUACAACAUAUGCCAUUGUCGCAAAAGAAGUCCCGACUAAAGUUUUUGAUGAGCAGGAUGAAGAUGAUCAAAAGUUCGGGGACAAAUAUGGGCUAUCUUCUGCGUUUGCUUUUAAGAAAAAGAAGGUGGCUACAUCUGGCAAGAAAAAGAAGGGUAAAAAAGGAAUUGACGGCUCUAUUGACUGUAGUGGUACUCUUGCAAAGGUGAAUUGGUUUCGCGUGAUAUUAGAUGAAGCUCAAACAAUAAAAAAUAGCAGAACACAGGUUUCAAAAUCGUGUUGUGGACUUCGAGCAAAGAAAAGAUGGUGUUUGUCAGGAACGCCUAUACAGAACUCAAUUGAUGAACUGUUCAGCUAUUUCAGAUUUUUGAAAUGUGACCCGUAUGCCAAUUAUAAAUCUUUUUGCAAUCAGAUAAAGAUUCCGAUAUCGAGAAACUCAAUGCAUGGUUAUAGGAAACUUCAAGCUGUGCUGACGGCAAUAAUGCUUCGUCGAACAAAAGGUACUCUAAUUGAUGGUAAGCCUAUCAUCAACCUACCUGAGAAAAUUAUUAAUUUGACCGUAGUUGAUUUCUCAUCUGAAGAACGAGCUUUCUAUCUCAAGCUUGAAGCUGAAUCACGUUCACGAUUCAAGGCAUACGCAGCUGCAGGUACUGUAAGUCAAAAUUAUGCAAAUAUCCUUUUGAUGCUGUUGCGCCUUCGCCAAGCUUGUGACCACCCGUUGCUUGUUAAGGGAUUUAGUUCAGAAUCUGUCAGUAGAGUUUCUACAAGAAUGGCAAAGACUCUUCCCAAAGAUAUGCUAGUCAACUUGUUAAAUCUCUUGGACACUCUCAACAUAUGUAGCUUGUGUAGUGAUCCCCCAGAAGAUGCUGUAGUUACUCUUUGUGGACAUGUAUUUUGUUAUCAAUGUGUAUCAGAUUACUUAACAGGGGAUGAGAAUAUUUGUCCGUCACCAAAAUGCAAAAGUCCAAUUGGUUCUGAUGUUGUAUUUAACGAAGCGACAUUACGAAGUUCUAUCUCUGAUGAUAAUGGCGCAAGUUCAUCAAAAAUUAAUGAGAAAUCCAUAGUUCUUCAGCAAGAUUAUAGUUCUGCCAAGAUCAAAGCUGUAAUUGAGAUUAUCCGGUCAAAUUGCAGAUCAGAAAGUUCAUAUUCAGAAUACAAUGGUGGUUCUGGGAAUGCAUCUUCUAGUUCUGGUAUUCAAGGACCAAUAAAAGCAAUUGUGUUCUCCCAGUGGACAAGAAUGCUGGACCUUGUUGAGAUGUCACUUAAUCAGUAUUGUUUAGAAUACAGGAGGCUUGAUGGUUCAAUGUCUUUGGCUUCAAGGGACAGGGCUGUCAAAGAAUUUAACACUGAUCCUGAGGUGAUUGUUAUGUUGAUGUCAUUGAAAGCCGGUAAUCUUGGUCUGAACAUGGUUGCAGCAUGCCAUGUUAUUCUUUUAGAUCUUUGGUGGAAUCCAACCACUGAAGAUCAGGCUAUUGACCGAGCUCAUAGAAUUGGUCAGACUCGUCCUGUUACAGUGACGAGACUCACUAUUAAAGACACAGUUGAGGACAGAAUUCUUGCUCUCCAGGAAGAAAAGAGGAAAAUGGUGGCUUCGGCCUUCGGAGAAGAUCAAAGUGGAGCUUCAGCCAAGGGUUUGACCCCAGAAGAUCUCAGAUUUUUAUUCAUGGGGGGACGUUGAAACUUUCAUUUUUUAGGUGGUGGCGUUUGGGCGUUUUUGUUUAGAUCAGGUGCUAAGCCCUGUAAAUAGUGUUAAAUACUAUUUUUCUGUAGAGAAGGUUAGUCUCGAAUGUUCUUUUCAUUCGGGCGUUUUUGUACCCAAACUAAAAUAGGAUACUAUGGUUGUAGGUGCAUCUAUGUAGGCAUUACUCAACUCUUUUGGUAUUGUUCUUGCCAUGUUUAUGGGACCAAUUGGGAACAUAGCAUGGUCAAGAUCAUGCAUUUUUAUAA